ACGAUAGUAAACAGAAAAGCGCGGAUUCAAAACUUCCGGUAGUCAACUUGUGCAAAAUUUCAUCAAAGUACAUGCUUCUGUUGAUGUUUUUGUAGUGUUAUAUGCAAUUUUGCAUCAGGCCGACAUACUUCACAAAAACAUGAAAAGACGAUGAGCAACAUUCAGAGACAGUGAAGAAAGAAGUGGAUAACGAUGAAUGCAUCAGUGUUAAAUGAUGAAAUAAGCAGACUGCAGUCUGAAAAUAGAAUUCUCUCAGAGGACCUUCGUCAGUGUCAGAAUGACAAAGAUUUUGUUUGGUCAUUGUGGAAAAAAUUACAAGUUGCCAAUCCAGAUGUCACUAAAGCAAUCAGCCUGGUUGUUCAAAGAGAAAAAGAAAAGGCUGAAAUCAAAGACAGGAAAGUGCUUGAAGUUCUCCAGUUGAAAGAUGACAAAAUAGAAGAGUUACAAACACUGCUGACACUCAGAUCACGGGAACUUGGAGAGAUUGCCUCUGUGAGAAUAGACCAUCAGCAAGAACUUCAGAGAUUUCAGAGGGAGAUUGACCAGCUAAGGGAUCAAAAUGCAGCAAUGGAAAUACAGCUGCGAGCACAGGGUGUUGUUUUCACACCCCCUCCACGAUUUUCGUGGAAGAUGCGGAGUGUGGAAUUCAGGGAGAAAACUUCAGGUGACUCGCAUCGUAAUACAAUGGAAAGCCUCUCCCAGGACAAAAAUGAUUUGGAACAGAAAUGUCGCAAGUUGUCUACAGAAAUUGAAGUGGUCCGUGCAGAGAGAGAAAGUAUUAUAGCUCAGAAGGUUACUUUUGAAAACAAAGUUCGACAACUGGAGUGUGACAUUGAAGAGAAAGUGAAUAAGUUCGAGAGCAUCAUUCGCGAGUUUGGAGAAGCCAAAAAAUUGUUACAACAAUAUGAAGUAAAAACACAGAAAUUAACCAAGGAAAAUGAAUUCAAAAACAAAGAGCUGGAAACUGUCAGGAAGGAGUUAUCCGAGCUGUGGAACAGCCACAAUCAGCUGACGGACCACUCGAGUCAACAGGCCGACCUUAUACGUCAGCUACAGAGUCUACAGCACGACACACAGAAAAUGUUGAAGAACCAGGAAGAUGCCUACUGCAUGGAGACCAACUCAUUACAAGAUAUGUACAAAGACUUGACCAACAGAUAUGAGUCUGCUAAGAAGGCACAGUCAGAGAUGAGACAAGAUGUUCACAAUCUCAGAAAGGAGUUACUAGAGAAGGAUUCCAUCAUAGCCUCACUUCAGGGAAAGGUGGAUGGUUACCAACGGCGACAGAGGAGUCGAAGCCCUGGGACCUCAGGAAGUUUCAUUGAUGACAGGCCCUCUGCAGAUCUGGAGAUCAAGAUAAGAGGAAUGCAGAGGGAGAUAAAUCUUCUGAAGGACGAAAUAGAAGACAAAGAUCGUCUAAUAGAGAGACUGGAACAGGAAAAUGAUAAACUCAACAUUGAGUUUGAUGUAUCUGGACUCAACAGGCGAGAGAGGACCCACUCAACUCCUGCCAGAGAGGUCCGCAGUGUGGCUUUGAGUCCCAUCAAGUCGUCCAGCAGAGGGGAACAGUCCAGGUCACGGUCACUGUCCCCGGUAAGGAGGGUGAAGGAUGGCCCUCCCCCCAGACAGGGGGACCUCAGGCAUAGACUGCUGCAGACAGAGAGGAAGCUGGACGACACCAAGAACAUGCUCAGACUCAAGAAUCGUGAAUUAGAAGAGUUAAAGAAAGCUCACUCUAAACGCCUAGAUCGUCUGAAAAGUACCCAGACUGACUACAAGAUUCUCAAAGACCAGCUGAAGCUAUACGAGGAUGAAAACAGCAACAAAUUGGAGAGAGGCAGAAAAAAGAAAAGGACAGAUUCACGAGAACUAAGACAAGAAAACAGUGACAAAGUUUGGAAUGAGCUUGCAGUUUUCAAAACAGAAAAUCGCAAUUUGGUGGUUGAAAAGAUGUCUCUGGAAGAAGAAAUUGACAUGUUAAGAGUUCAGGCUAGCCAAGACGCAGCAACGCUUCAUGAGAUAAAAGUGGCUCUUGAACAGGAGAGAGAAAGUCGGCAGUAUGACAAGAAGAAGUCUGAGUAUCAGAACCAGGAGAAAUCGGACCUACAGUCAGAGUUAACACUGACCAAAUCAGAGGUUCAGUCAAAAUCAAUUCGACUGGAUAAAUUGGAGAGAGACUUCCGAGAGCUUCAAUCUGAAAAAGAGGCUUUGUUAGAAGAAAGAAGAAAUCUUAGAUCAGAAAUAACUGAAUUAAAGCAAGGAAAUUCAAAACAUCGAAUGGAAACAGCGAAUUUGAAACGUGAUAUUAACAGGUUGGAGAGAGAACUGGAGGAGGAAAGGCUGACCAAACAGUUCCAGGCUGCCAAGGACAAACUGAGCAGCAAACAGACAAAGCCGAGUGGGAUUACACGGCGGGCGGAAACCAAGAACAAAAGUAGAGCGGCCCACAGGGUCGAUAUAGCGGGAGAAGAGUACCAGAAGGCACUGAACAAAAGCAUAGAGAAGAUGAGGUCUGUCUUCAACAACUUUGAGGAGGAAGGCUGGGAAGAAAUCCCAGAAUCCGAGGAAAUAGAUGAAGAGACAGAGAGCGACUCCCUGGGCCAAGCCAUUGUGGAUUUGUCCCACAGUCACACCCCACUCCACAGUGAUGAGAGCAUGGACCACCGACAUACAAUUAAACGCAACCUGAGGCCACUGAGUUUUAAGAUGGCAUCUCUAAGAAACAGGCGAGUUGGAAUCAGAAAUGUACAUAGUCGAAAUCGCGGUAACCCCCGAGCACACUCAAUGAAAGUGGCUGAGAGCAACAAAAGAGUGACACACAGGGAAUUUGGCACUUCUCCAAUAAAACCAGCUGUCCAGGAAUUCUCUCCAUCUCCACGGAUUCAGGAACAACGAGCCUAUGAACAGAGGGUUCAAGCCAGCAACCAUCUCGCCCGCCAAGCAAAGCAGCUCAAGCAACGAGUGGGCUACCUCACCCAACAAGUGGGCUCCCUCACCUUUACAAUCACUACCCUGAGGGAGUCCCGGGGGACAGCAGUGAAGGCUUUGGAGCAGCAGAAGGAGGUGAACCAACAGCAGCAGGCUGACCUCAGUCUGGCCAAUCAGAGGCUCAGGAUGGCCAAACAAAACAUCCAGAAACUGACCACUGACAUGGACAAAGUGUUGCAAGAGAAAGCUUCCCUGGAGGCUCAGUUAGUGGAGGAAAACCGUCACACCACCGCCACAGACAAACACACAGAACAGGACUGGAAAAUCCUGGAGUCUCGACUGAAGGCCUCCUCCAAUGAGCUAUGCCGACAAUCCAAUCAAGCAAGACAGCUAAAGCAGGAGAAUGAGCAACAGCAUGAACAGAUUAGAAGCCUACAGGAGAGAUUAAGUCGACUGGAAAGAGACAAUAAUCAGAAAAGGACCUUGCUCGAGGACCAGAGAGUCAAGCUAAAGCUGGCGCAGACAAACGCAAAGUCAGAACAAAAUGCAAAUGAGGAGAUGGAGACCAGAAUUAAAUUGGUCCAAGAUACAAGUGAUAGACUCAAAAUACAGGUGGAAUCAUACAAGAAGAGGUUGUCAGCUGUAACUAGGGAGAAGAGAGAUUAUGAAGAGAGAUUCUUGAAAGUUAACGCAGAGCUGGAGAAAAAGAACAAGCAUUUCAUUGAAAGUCAGACCAGGAGAAUGGAGUUAGAGUCUGCGGUGGGGGAGUUGGAGAAAACGGCUCAACAACAGCUGCGAGGGCUUGCCUCGCAGAGUGAGACCGCUAUAGAGGCAGCCCAGAAAAAACUCAGCGAGGCAUACUAUGUCAUACAGCAGUAUCAACUGUUUGUCAAGAGUUUGGGCCAAGAGUUGAUCAAGCGAUUGAACCAAUCAAGAUUUCAUUUGAAAGAGACAUUAAGUCACCGAGAGAAAGAGAGCAAGCAGAGUCAGGCCAAUGCCUCCCUGCAGCGAGCCCAGGCCAUGGCCAAAGACAUCCUGAAUUUGAGCCAAUCAGAUCUGGAGGAUAUCAUGAGUGCUGACGGGGAUCCAGAGAGAAUGGAGGAUGACAUCAGCACAGAUAAGAAGAGGGAUAGACGCUGGUCAAAGAAAUGUGAAAAACUUCUCAACUCUAAGGAGGACUUUGUGAAUCCAUUAGUAGACUUGUUUGUUCAGAAGAUGGAGGAAAUGUGUGAGUUAUCAUCUAAACUUCAAGCAGCAUGAUACUUCCUGUACAUCACCAUGACAACAAUAAACUGGUGGCCUGUCAUACUGAUUCUGUAAUAGAAUGUCCGGGAUAGGGUUUUGUUCUCUGUGAUAUUUACUGUGUUUACAAAUUGUCCAUGUUGAAACCAGAGUGAUAGAUGCAGGGAUUGGGAACUAGAUGUUACAUGUACCUCAAUAACAAAAUGUGACUGUUCACUGUAGUGUAUGUACAAUAGCUGGGAUUAUGAGGAUCCUGUAGAAUAUAGUGCUGGAAACAUUGCAACCACUUGGCUAAGUUGCCGAUGGAUGGGGAACCUUGUGUUCUCUGUCUGAUUGUCAUGUACUUCUCUAAAAUGUGAUGUUGGGGACAAAGGUGUUUGUUAAAAGUCAAGGCAUUUUUCAAUUUAUCUGUUUAUUUAUACACACAUUGUAAGGCAUUUAAAACCUCUUCCGUCCAUUUAAAUCGUCUAUGUGUAAUUCUUUGCUCUGUCUGAUUAUAGACAGACUUCUGCCUAAAACUGGCUGAGCAUUGAAAUAUUGUAAAAUUAACUAUAUAUUUGUACAUUAAUUUAGUUUUUAUAACUUAUUUAUUCGCAAUAAAUUGUGAAAUAAACUUG